GGACGGAGCGGCGGGAGCGGGGCCGGGCCGAUCCCGAUCCCCAUCCCGAACCCAUUCCCACGCGGCCCUUCCCGCGCGACCCUUCCCGCACGGACACCGCAGGUGAUCGGGAAGGGCGAGGGAGGGGAGGGCGGCGGUGACGUAGGAACUGGUGACCCCCCGGUCGGGGUGGGACCGGGGCUCUCCGGGCUCCUCUUUAUGUCCCGUGAGCGGCACAAAGCGGAGUCUCCGGGUGUGUUUUUACCGGUGCUGAUGCAGCGCUGGGAUGCAGGUGCUGCCCUGAGAGGGACACAGAACUUGUAUGUUCCAGGAUCAUGGAUUUUCCAGGACACUUUGAGCAAGUCUUCCAGCAGCUCAAUUACCAGAGGCUCCAUGGCCAGCUCUGUGACUGUGUCAUCGUGGUGGGGAACAGGCACUUCAAAGCCCACCGCUCCGUGCUGGCCGCGUGCAGCACCCACUUCCGAGCGCUGUUCACGGUGGCUGAGGGGGACCAGACCAUGAACAUGAUCCAGCUGGACAGCGAGGUGGUGACAGCCGAGGCCUUCGCCGCGCUCAUCGACAUGAUGUACACGUCCACGCUCAUGCUCGGGGAGAGCAACGUGAUGGACGUGCUGCUGGCCGCGUCCCACCUGCACCUCAACUCCGUGGUGAAGGCCUGCAAGCACUACCUGACCACGCGGACGCUGCCGCUGUCGCCGCCGAGCGAGCGCGCGCAGGAGCAGAGCGCGCGCCUGCAGCGCUCCUUCAUGCUGCAGCAGCUGGGGCUCAGCAUCGUCAGCUCCGCGCUGGGCUCCUCGCAGGGCGCCGAGGAGCCGCCCGGCUCCGUGCGGAGCGGCCUGGAGCAGCGCGCCACCUUCCCCAUGCGCCGCCUGCACAAGCGCAAGCCGCCCUCCGAGGAGCGUGCCCGGCAGCGUGUCCGGCCUGCCGUGGACGAGCCCGGGACUGACGUGGCCGCAGAGGGCGGGCAGCCCGUCCACUCGCGCGAGGAUUUCUUCUCUCCGGACUCGCUGAAGAUCGUGGACAACUCCAAGGCUGACACUGUUGGUGAUAACCAGGAGGACAACACAAUCAUGUUUGACCAGUCUUUCGGUGCUCAGGAGGAUGCUCAAGUGCCUAGCCAGUCGGACAACGGCGGGGCAAACAUUUCCCAGAUGUCCAUGGCGUCCCAGGCCACACAAGUGGAGACCAGCUUUGACCAGGAGGCUGCUGCUGAAAAGAGCAACUUCCCAUGUGAGAAUCCGGAGGUCAGCCUGAACGAGAAGGAGCACAUGAGGGUGGUGGUGAAGUCUGAGCCCUUGAGCUCCCCAGAGCCCCAGGAUGAGGUGAGCGACGUCACCUCCCAGGCAGAGGGCAGUGAGUCUGUGGAGGUGGAAGGAGGAGUGGUGAGUGCAGAGAAAAUCGAGCUGAGUCCUGAGAGCAGCGACCGCAGCUUCUCUGACCCACAGUCCAGCACUGACAGGGUGGGAGACAUCCACAUCAUGGAGGUGUCCAACAACCUGGAACACAAGUCGUCUUUCAGCAUUUCAAAUUUUCUGAAUAAAAGCAGAGGCAGUGGCUUUGGAGCCAGCCAAAACAGUGACGACAACAUUCCCAACACCACCAGUGACUGCAGGAUGGACAGCGACACCUCUUACCUGAUGAGCCCCGAGUCGGGGCCCGCUGGUGGCCACUCGUCCGCCACUGUCUCCCAUGUGGAGAACCCAUUUAGUGAGCCCGCGGACUCCCACUUUGUGAGGCCCAUGCAGGAUGUGAUGGGUCUGCCCUGUGUGCAGACCUCUGGGUACCGGGCAGCGGAGCAGUUUGGCAUGGACUUCCCACGCUCAGGCCUGGGCUUGCACUCGCUGUCCCGGGCCAUGAUGGGCUCGGUGAGAGGCGGAGCUGGUGGCUUUCCUGGCUACCGCCGCAUCGCCCCCAAAAUGCCGGUGGUGACCUCUGUGCGGGGCUCCCAGCUGCAGGAGAGCUCGUCUGGGUCCCAGCUGCUGAUGAACGGGAGCACGUCCUUCGAGAGUGGGCACCUGUCGCAACCCGGCCCCCCGCAGCUCACCAGGGCGUCUGCGGAUGUGCUGUCCAAGUGCAAGAAGGCGCUGUCAGAGCACAACGUGCUGGUGGUGGAGGGCGCACGCAAGUACGCCUGCAAGAUCUGCUGCAAGACCUUCCUGACGCUCACGGACUGCAAGAAGCACAUCCGCGUGCACACGGGGGAAAAACCCUACGCCUGCCUCAAGUGCGGGAAGCGCUUCAGCCAGUCCAGCCACCUCUACAAACACUCCAAGACCACCUGCCUCAGGUGGCAGAGCAGCAACCUGCCCAGCAGUUUGCUCUAAGGCACUGCCCCGGGGCUGCUGCGGUGGGGCCGGCGGACGCUGCCGUGCGGUGGUGCCACACACACAGAGCCUCGGCUCUGCCAUUGGGGAUAUCCGGUACCUACCUCGCGGGGUGUCGCGGGCUCAGCCGCCCGCCGGGAGCUGCGCAGCAGGCAUGGGGAUGUGACCCCCCACAGCGAAGCACCCCCUUUGCAGGGCAGAGGGGUGACAGUGUGGGGAUCUCAUGAAAUAGCACGUUUAGAGAACAAGAAACUGAAGUGCAAAUUUCAUUUUUGUUGUUGUUUUUUUUUUUUUUCUCUAAAGCAUUUUGUAACAGUGAAAGCAUUUAAAUAAUUAUUGUAACAUGAAUUGCUGCAUUAUGUGUGGACAGUAGCGCAGACCACUUACCUUUAAAAGAGAAAAACAGCUUUGGCUGCACCUGUCUGACAUAAUGCUUUCAAAUAUGCUAAUUAUAACAAUAGUUCUAGGAUUAUGAAUGUAUGUUUGGCUGUUUUGUAGUAAAGAACACUGUGUAAUCAAGGUGCUUAAAUUAAAUACCAGACAAGUAACUUUUGGACUGCCAGGUGUACAUAUAACUUUAAUACAGGAAGAUCUGGAUGUUUGGCUGACUUUUUUUUUCCCGUAGAAACAUGUAUUAAGUGAUAAGUGAAGUACUGUCUCUUGUUUGUGCUAUUCCUAGCAGUAUUUUAACCAGUUCGUAUCUCCUAUGUUACAAUUCUAUAUAGGCAGGA